AUGAGCUCACACCAAGACGUCGCGGCCCCUCGCUGGGAGGAAGCACUCGCAGACGCGCACAGCCCAGUAAGGAUGUCUCGCAGGAGCGGCGUUGUGCCUGUAACGAAGCCCGUGCCUAAUGAGCACACCAAGCUGCUAGAUGAGGACAUCGAACUGGAGAAGGAGACCAAGAAAUAUUUCCACACAAAGCACGUCGGACUGCUCGCUCUGCUCGUGGUGAUUUGGUCGACUAUCUUUCAAGCGGAAGCCGUGCAGCACCUGCAGACGGCUGUUGAUUUCAAGAAACCUUUUUUCGUAAUGUGCUCCAGCCACGCUGCACCCGUGUUAUUGUUGCCGUUCAUCUUCGCUUACUACCGCAUCUGCGGCACGACAGAAGAUCGCCAUGCUGGACUCGACUUUGCUGGCGUGUUGCAGCGUCACUCGAUCGUUCCGUUGAAGAAGCUGAUGCGUUUGUCAGCGUUCCUCGGCGUGUUCUACCUCGUCGCCGACUACUUUUGGUUCGCGUCGUUGCAGAACUUGACGGUGGCUGCAGGAGCUGCCAUCUUCAACAGUGCGCCUCUGUUCGUGUACUGUUUCUCGAUCUGUUUGCUAAACGAGAAAGUGGUGGCGAAGAAAGUGUUUGGCGUCUUGCUGGCGUUUGCUGGUGUGACGAUGGUCGUGCUGUUUCAAGGAGGGGACGACGCAGGAACCGGAAGUCCCAGCGUGAUCGGAGGACUCAUGAUGGUCAUUUCGGCAGUGCUGAACGCAGGCUACAACGUGUCGGUGGCUCUCACUGCGGGCGCAGAGAUCAAUGACACGCCGACGCUCAUGAUCAUGAUGGGAAUGAGCGGCGCGUUUGCGAUCCCGGCCUGGUUUGUCGGCACCAUUUUCUUCGCGCACAGUCCAUUCCCGUCGCUCUAUGAGCCGAUCGGGUUCCCACCAACAGCUGAAGGAAACCUCAUGCUGGUGAUCGCUAUCGUCAUGUUCGUGACCAACUUCAUCUUCCUAACGUUUGCCGUCUGCUGGACGUCGCCACUGGAGACGAGUGUUGGCUUCAUGCUCACGAUCCCGCUGUCGGGACUCAUGGACACGUUGAUGCACAGCACAACGUUCACGUGGGAGUGUAUUAUUGGGUCCACGUUAGUGAUGACCGGGUUUUUAAUCCUCGAGCUGAGCUCCACGCACCCACCAACGCACCACUCUCACGAAGAAUUGACCGAAAAAGUUCAGGUUUAG